UUUUGUUUUGUUUUGUCAAUUGAAGUAAUUUGUUAUUUUUCACAUUUUCGUCAUUUUUUCGUCCAAAUUUUUCCACCGACCAAAUCAAAUACCUGAAAAUCUGAAUUAAUUCAUGUGCGUAGUUUCUAUAUGGAAAUCUGUUGAUUCGGAUUAAAGUGCGAACAUUUUAUUUCACCAUCGUUGUGACAAGUGCAUGCAGUGACCUGUGUUUAUGUCAAACAUCGUUUGAUUUCAAAGCAAUUGCAUUUGAUGGUCAUUUCGUUUUACAUUUAUUGUUUACGAUGGCAUUCACGUCGAUAUCUAACUACGAUCCAGCUGCGAAAAGGCAAUUUAUGUAUUUGCCGUUGGAUAUUUUUCGGCAAAGUACAAAUAUUGCAUCACUUGUCCGUGAGAAAUACAAGCAGGACAAACGUAAAAAUCCACCAAAAUUUAUUUUGACCAAAGAAUGUGAAAAAUAUCAUCGUCUGCUGAACCAAUUGGACGAUUGGGAUGGCACUAUUUUGACACGACUCGAAUACGUUUGGCCACAUUCCGAAGUGAAAAUAAAUGCAGCGAUUUGGUCUCUAUCAAAACAAGAACAGGAUAAAAUACAUGGCUUUUCAACUGAUCGCCAAAAACAAUUCAUUUAUUUGCCGAUGCAUAUCUUUCGCGACGAGACUAACGUACAAGACCUGAUAAUAAAGUCAGAACAAAAGCCCGGAAUACACAUUAGUAGAAGUAUGCUUAAGCAACGCAUCGUUCAGAUUCAUCAAAACUUGGCUGAUAUCCAAUCAUGGCCAGAUUAUUUGGACAAUUUAAAAUUUCGCUGUGAUGAUAUCGAAGAUGCAGUUGAAGAUGCUAUCGAAGCAACCGAAUCGUCUGAAUCAAGUCGUCGAUCAAGUACUACUUCAACCAUGAGCGUCGAUAGCAUUCAAGCGAAUGUCAGUAAAUUUUUGCGCAAACGCAAGGGCAAUGCUGGUCAAUCAGAAAAUGACUCCGCAUCAGAACCCAUUGAAGUUCCUGCCAAGAAAGCAAGAGGAAAUCUCAAUCGGAUGAAUCCGAUCAAUCAAAAUGCUGUUACAUCAAAACAAAAUACUGGUCAAGGAAUUAAAAAGAAGCCAGAACAGUCUAAUCUUGAUGUCAAUAAAAGGACUGAACAGCAUGUUCAAGUCAUGGCAACAACAAGCCAUUCUCAAGCUCAUGCUUUGGAGGAACCAGCGGUUCACAAUAAGGAGAUUCAAUGCAUGAAGAACAAACAAAUUCGACCGAAAAUGGUAUUGAAACUUGAUGAUAUUUCCGAGUCGAAUGUUGAACAGGAAAUACCGUCUGACGAAGGAAUCGACAAACAGAUCGAAGAAAUGUUUGCUACAAUCGAAACCGAAGAUCCAGAAGUCGAUCAAGCUCAGAAGAGUGUUGAAUGUGAUUGUGAACGAUGCAAACGAGAUGUUUUGGACUUUUCAACACAGACUGAGGAAGCAGCAGUUCAAAAUAAAGAGGUUCAAUGCACGGAGAACAAAAAAAGUCAACCGAUUGUAUUGACUCUCAUUGAUGUUACUGAAUUGAAUGUUUUUGAAGUUCGAUGUGUCUCGCCCGAACAAGAAUUACUGUGUGACGAUGAUAUCGACAGACAGAUGGAAGAAAUGUUUGGUACAAUGCAAACCGAAGAUCCACAAGUCAAAGAAAAGGGUAUCGAUCAAGCUCAGAAGCAUGUUGAAUGUCAUUGCAAACGAGAUGUUUUGGACUUUUCAACGCAAACUGAAGCAGCAGUUCAAAAUAAAAUGAUUCAAUGCACGGAGAUCAACAAAAGUCAACCGAUUGUAUUGACUUUCAGUGAUAUUACUGAAUUGAAUGUUUUUGAAUUUCGAUGUGUCUCGCCCGAACAAGAUUUACCAUGUGACGAACGAAUCGAAGAAAUGGUGCCACGUCAAAUGGUUGUUUCAACGCAAACCGAAGAUCCACAAAUCGAAGAGACGGUUAUUGAUCAAGCUCAGAAGAGUGUUGAAUGUCAUUGCAAACGGAAUGUUUUCGACUUUUCAACGCAGACUGAGGAAAUAGCAGUUCAAAAUAAGGGCAUUCAGUGCAUGGAACAAGAUUUACCGCGUGACGAACAAAUCAAUGAACAGAUCGAAGAAAUGGUUCCACGUCAAAUGGUUGCUUCAACGCAAACCGAAGAUCCAAGAGUCAAAGACAAGGCAGUGCAGUGCACUGUUAGUUCGGUACAAGAGUCACAUAGUGACCGGCAAACUACAGUUCAAACGCGGGAACAAAUACAACAACGAUCGGCCAAUACAAUCAUAAGACGUCGCAUAUAUUCAUAUCUAAGUGAGAUCAACAGAAUUUUUCCGGACCAAAUGACGAGAAGAAUGGAAUUGUUGAACGAAAUUCAGCGCUUAUUGAACCAAGGCACCAAAUAAGCAUCAUCACAACUCAGUUUUUCCUAUGCGGCCAAAUCCACUGUCAAGCACACAUAUAUCACAUUCACAAUCCUAGUCCAAUGUCUAACUAAUGCUAAUGUUUUUAUUGUUGUAUGAAAGUAAAAAUGUGAAAAUAAGUUUCAUCUAAAAUAGUCAAUCAUUUCGAAAUCGUCAAAAGAGAUAUAACAAAACAAUGUAUUAUUUAAAAGAAAUUUUAAAAUUACAUUUCAAUAAUAAAUAUUUAAAAUCUGCGCCGUGACAGCACAUCGUACAACAGAUGUAUAUCUCAAUAUGUCAUUUGUGUAAGUGAAUACAAUUUCAAUACAGCUUUGAAUUGUCAACUAUUAGCCAAUAAUCGACUUAAUUACUCACAUAUUUCAAUCUGAUGAUUCCGUAUAUUCUCGAUUGUUUGGCAAAAAGUAAACCAUCUAAAUACACUCCAAGUAAUGAACUACAAGCAUUUCAACUUCGAGUUUGAAAUUCAAAACAUUCAAAAUGCUAAUAAAGAUAAAAUUCAUUCAUUUAAAUAAAUUUGAUUUGGUAUCGAUAAUUUUCAAUCAGAAUGCGAUUUAGAUGACGUCACACAAUGGGACCCAGAAAUUGAAAACGAUGACAGUCAAGACGUUGAAGUCAUUCUCAACAAAAUAUUCAAUGAAUGUACGUUAAAAUGUGCACAAAAAUACCUAAAUAAAUAAAGUUCCUAAAUUUAUUCAUGUAUUUGGUCGAAAAUGGCCUAAAAUAUAGAUUUUUUCACAAAAAAAACUAAAACACAUCACUAUUUUUUGUACAAUUAUAAUGAAAUAAUUUUUUAUUGAGGG